AUGCACAUGCAACGCCAAAAACAACAACAACAUUGGCGGCAUUAUCUGCUGCAGCCACAACAACGAUGUGCAUCCGCCAAAGACGAUGAUGGCUGCUGGUCCACCCGCUUUUCCACGAUCCUGGCGCAACAACAACAGCGGCAGCAACAACAAUGGCUGCGCUUUUGCCUUUUGCUCGUCAUUUGCCUGUCACUGCCCUCAGCAACGAAUACGAAACCUCAGACCUCAGCCACAGCGCCAACAACAAUUGUCAACGCCCCAACAACAUUGCGAGCUACACUAGCAACAACAACAGGAAUACGAAUAGCAACAGCAAAGCCAACAGCCACAAUCAGCCGAACGACGCAGUCGGCAACUGAGAGUGAUGACAACAUUGUGACCAACGAAACUACCAACUUCACGCACACGCACACGCACAACACCACAAACAACGCUCACGGAAAUGUCAUCAUUCCUUCAACCAAGCUCAGCGUAAAUUCAACGACCGCAUCAAAAGCUCCGGUGCAGACGUUGGCGGCGCUCACGGCGGGAGCGUUGACAGUGUCAACAGCAUUGCCGGUGGCAACGCAAACAUACACAUCCUCAUCGCUGUCAUCAGCAGCAACAACAGCACGGCAAUCACACGACACAACAACAACAGCGACAACAACAAUGCUUGACUACGCCAUCAAUGCGUUGGCGGAAGCGGAGAGCAGCGGAGGUGACAAGCCCGACGCGCAAACGGCAUGGAAUGCGCACUCCGUCAAUGGAAUGCUGUAUGACACUGCAGUAGCAACAGCAACAACAAGCCCAAAUGAAUCACCAACAGCUAAAUAUCACGCCAGCAACAAUAAUAUCAUCCGCAAUGCGCCCAGUGGGAGCAACACUAGGCAUAGCAAGCAGCAAUUUAGUCCCGCAAAUGCUAACACCGACAGCAACAACAACUACGCAAGCGAAGACAGAGGCUUGAGCAGGAUUCGCCGCCAUCGCGCUACACGCUCCGUGGUGGCGGUUGGCAGCGGGUUGACGGGGAGCGGUAGCAGUACGCACGAUGGCGAAAGUAAUAAUCAUAACAGUAUCGAAUGUCCCAGUUUCGAUGAGAAUUCGGCGUGUCCGUGCUAUAAAUUCGAAGACGGCUUAUUUCUCGAGUGUCCCGGCACGACGGCCAUGUCGCUGCGCAGCACAUUGGAACGCAUCUCGUCGCCGAUACAUUCAUUAUCCAUUUAUGAUUUCGAUCGUUCGGUCACGUCGCUCUCGCAGGAUGUCUUUCAACCAGGUGUCAAUAUAAGGCAUUUGCAAUUUUCACACUCACACUUGGAGACGCUAAAGGAUAACAGUUUGCGGCAUGUACGUGCAACAUUGGAGUCGUUGAGCAUUGUUAAUGGAAAAUUAACACAG